GAAAAUUAGAUUUUUGAACUAAUCUCAGUUCCUUAGUGCUGGCUCUGAACUCAAGCUGAGAAGGUCUUGUUCUAGAAAUAAAUUUGAAACAUGAAUUCUUCAGUUCCAAAAUUUAUUACCACCACCCUUAUUUUAUCCUAAAGAACUAUACAUGUUAUCUCGUAUUAUUUAAUUGUGUGUCAGAAUGUUUGAUGUACCUUAGUCGUAAAUUAGUUUAGGUGCACUGUUUCAAAUUCUAGUAGUGAGGAAGGGACAGCUUGCGUAAUUCACACUAUCAAUCAACUAACUGAUCUUCGGUUGUGUGAAUUCGUAUUCGCGGCUUCUGAUAUUACCCACCCGUACUUUUUUUAGUUCGUAAUAGCUAGAUGUAUACUACCUAUGAAAAAAAUCAUUGGACUUUAUGGUACUAGAGGACAUGUUAAAUCGCUCAUUAAAAACUAUCUGUGGGAAUUGAGAGUUUUGUAAAAAUUAUAGUUUUUAAUGAGCCGUUUGAAUAUGCCGUUCAAAAUCCUGGUCGCAUAUCGAAAUAUGUGUUGGAAUUCUUGAAGAUAAGUCUUAUCUCGCCCUUGUGUGCGGUAAUUUCCAUCCGAUUGUGAACUCAUCGCGUUGCGCUUCCCGCAGUGUCUGCGCUGUCCCCGUUCAAAAAAGUUUGUCCAGUUGUUGUCCGGGCUGUAUGCACUAUAUGCCUUUGGUUGUCGCCGGAUCAGAAGUCACGCUCGACGACCGGCUCAGAUUAGAUUAUGUACCUUCCGGACUUGAUUCGAUUACCGUUUGUCCAACAGCGACUCAACUAUUGUCAUUGCAUCGGUACGAACUACUAGUGCUUAUCUGGAGUGAAUGUUUCCCACUUGUGUGCUAUUACAGUUUUGUAGCAAGCAGUGACUGGUAUGAAAAGAUGUUUGUCCAAUUAUCUGGGGGAGAUAGCAUGACAUACGUUUUGACUAGAAGGGCAUGAUCCAAUUGUGGCUUGAUUGGAUGCAACAGUUAAGCUGAGAACUUGGAUCGGUUCGGGUUGUCGGAGUCUGAGCAACGGACGAAAAUUUUCGGAUUAUGAAGCAAAGUGAACCAGUUGAUCCCAGUGCGGCGUGCCGAUCGAAUCAACGGUCGAUUUGUGUUUCGACGAUAUCGCUCUGCCGAGAUGAAAGUGAUCCACAGGAAACUAGGACCCGUGCUGACUCCACACAAAAACGCAAAUCUCAGCAACGUACGCAGUUUAGAAAAUUUAUCUACAACUAUCUGGAGGCGAAGCUGUUCGGGGUCGGUCGACAUGUCACGGCAAAAGGUGCCAAGUCUGCCUUUCGUGGUUUGCUUCGGUUUGUACCCGGAAGAAACAAGUCGGCCAAAGCCGAAGGAUACAAACAUCUGAUAACGGACGAGGAGAGGAGGUGGCUGGAUGACUAUUCCGCAAGGGAUACCGAACUGUCCUCCCGGCUUGGAGUACCUUUCGUCCAUUGACCAGCUGUUGGUUCAUCAGAAGGUCGAGCUGCUGGAAGCGUUCGUCGGUUUCGAGACCGCCAAUAAGUACACUGUCAAAAAUACCCUCGGCCAGAAGGUGUACUGGGCAGUAGAGGACACGGACUGUUGCACUCGGAACUGUUGCGGCGCGGCUCGUCCAUUUGAUAUGAAAAUUCUUGACUUUUAUCAGAAUGAGGUGCUGCACUUCAAUCGUCCGCUGCGCUGUCAGUCCUGCUGGUUUCCAUGCUGUUUGCAGACGAUGGAGGUGUCGGCCCCGCCUGGAAAUGUAAUUGGAACGGUGGAGCAGGAUUGGUCCAUCUUUACGCCUCAGUUCAGCAUCAAAGAUCAAGCGGGAAGUACGGUGCUGAAAAUCGAGGGUCCGUGCUGUACGUUCAGCAUUUGUGGAGACGUCGAAUUUAAGGUUGUUACCAACGAUGGCAGUCAAGUGGGAAAAAUUUCCAAACAAUGGUCCGGAUUUGCUCGUGAGGCCUUUACCGAUUCCGAUCAUUUCGGCAUUAACUUUCCGAUGGAUCUAGACGUUAGAGUGAAGGCCACUCUUUUGGGGGCUUUAUUCCUUAUUGAUUACAUGUUUUUCGAGAAAACUGGCAAUAAAGAAAACGAUCGGCCCGGUAUGUUCUAAACGGAACAAUUCGAACCCUAUAAUUUAUAGUAAGAGCAUCUUUGAACUCCACUUAAUUCAUGCAUACGUGUAUUACGUCCUAUUAAUGUUGAAUCCUGUUAGAUAUGUACCAGUAGAUUUUGACCGCGGUGUUACAACACAAUCCUAAAGUAAAACUUCGAGUGCCAGGGACAUAACUAUUAAGUUACCGCAGUGAGCAUUAAGAGCGAUUUUAUUUGACUUUAUAUUUUUGAUACGAAUUUUUUUUCGUGCUAAGCUUUGGCUAAGGAAACUAACGCAGAAAUCUAUACUUGUGAAUUUCGGUGCACAACAUUCACAGCUCCGUCAACCUGAAAUAGAAAACAAACGAAAGGAAACAAUGCACAAUAAAAGUGUUUAUUUAUAAAUAGAUAUGUAUUUACCAAUUUCCAUAUAAUCAACUCGCAUAACAUAACAAGUUCGACAUCUAAAUGCAUAUAAAUAAAACAUUGUUAUCGUCUUUAGAAGAAAAGUCAGCCUUUUUUCAUUGUAUCAUUUGUAACUGGAAAUAAAAAGUUAUCUCUCAUUACCUUA